GGUCAGGAGGACGACGUUUUGGUAUUAUUAUCGUUCAUUUUGAACAUGUCCAAAGCCAAUAUGCGCCGAGGUUUAGUGAUAUGUGGCUAGCUUUGUGUUUGCCAGCUGUCAGCCCCGUUUGGUUUUAAGAUAUUGCACAAGGUAUGGUGAAAAAAACAAGGUAACAGCUGGGCGUGUUUACAUGUGCUAACUACAAUACAGCAGUGAUAGCUGUAGCUAGGUGUUCACUUCGACUACAGCGGCUGUACAGGUGAAGUGUUAGUUAAUAUUUAGUCACCCCACAGAUAACUAACGGCGGGUAAUAAGAGUCACAGCCGCUUGUUUUCAUAAUGGGUGAGUUAUUAUAGGUUAAAGGUGACGUUUGGUGCUGUCUCAUGUCGCUGGAAGUUAGAACAAUGACAUCCAGGGUUACGACUUUGAGGGACGUUGUAAGCCUGUUUGUGUGAUCAGAUGUUUAGUCCACAAUGCUGGCUCCGCAUCCCCUCCAUCGUGCGUUUAUACCUCUGGCGUGUUUUUAAACUGCCUGUCCUUUCAUCCCCAGAAAAGACAGCCAUCACCUCAGCAUCACUGUCAGCCUCAGCCAAUUCUGUCGUCCAUCCUGUACGUGGCUGUUCAAUGCCUAACACAUCAGAAGGUCAAGGAGCAAACCUACCUGGACCAGCGGCGGCGUCCGGGCUGCAGAGGCCCACCGAUGGGGAGGACGGACGCGGUCUGAUCAGCUCCCUCGCCCGGGACGCUGCGAGAGUCAGGAGGGCUUCCAGUGCCGAGCUGCACCUGCCGUGGACCUGCCCGGUCACACACUCCCGUGAGAAGUUCUACACGGUCUGCUCCGAUUAUGCUCUUCUCAACCAGGCCGCUUCCGUGUACUGUCCCCCAAACGCGGCCAGGGACGUGGUCCCGAACAAGCAGGCGGACGGGCCAUCGCUGGCGAAGCCCAAACCCUCAGCUGACAUGAGCGCCGGCCAGUCCGGAGGGGCCCACGUGGGAUCAGAUGGGGACUGUGACAUGGUGGAAGUGUCCUCUGGCCACACUAAGCCUAUUUUGGCCUGGGAAAUUGAUACCACAGACUUCAAUGCCGUGCUCACUAGAAAAACAAGGACAAGCAACGUGAAGAAAUGCAGCACCAAGAAGAUGAAGUCGUCAGACAGACCCAGCCGAAACCUGCAAGACGUCUCUCCUCACGCCUCGCUGGAGGAGAUCAAACAGAGGAAAGUGCUGGACCUCCGGAGAUGGUACUGCAUCAGUCGGCCACAGUACAAGACUUCAUGUGGAAUCUCCUCGUUGGUGUCCUGCUGGAAUUUCUUGUACAGCACUCUGGGUGCAGGGAGUCUUCCACCCAUCUCUCAGGAGGAGGCCCUGCAUAUUCUGGGUUUUCAGCCGCCUUUUGAAGAAAUCAAGUUCGGUCCCUUCACUGGCAACGCCACAUUAAUGCGGUGGUUCAGACAAAUCAACGACAAUUUCCGAGUGCGAGGUUGCUCCUACAUUCUGUACAAACCACAUGGAAAACACAAGACGGCGGGAGAAACAGCUGAAGGAGCGUUGAUGAAACUGACACAAGGGCUGAAGGAUGAGUCCAUGGCCUACAUUUACCACUGCCAGAACCACUACUUCUGCCCAAUGGGCUUUGAAGCCACGCCGCUCAAAGCAGCAAAAGCAUAUAGGGGCCCUUUACCCACGAAUGAAAUGGAGUACUGGAUCGUCAUUGGUGAGCCCAGUAGGAAACACCCGGCUAUUCACUGUAAAAAGUGGCUGGACAUCGUGACCGACCUCAACACACAAAAUCCUGAAUACCUGGACAUUCGUCACACAGAGAGGGGGAUUCAGCGCCGCAAAACCAAAAAGGUGGGAGGCAACCUGCACUGCAUCAUGGCCUUCCAGAGGGUGAACUGGCAGAAGCUCGGCCCCUGGGCUCUAAACCUGGAGAACCUGCGUCACGACUUCCAUCACUCCGGCUCCGAGCGAGCCCACGGAAGCGUCACGGAUGAAAUGGAGGAGAGAACGUCAUCCAAGCGCCUGGCCUACCUGGGACGCUCACACAGUAUGGGAAGUCAGAAAGACACCAACUGGAAACGCCUGUCCAACACUGCAGAGUACAGACAGAGGAGCUCCCCUGACAGCGAUCUGGAAGAAGACAUCACAGACUGAAAAGGUUCAUUGGGACAAAAGAGGGGGAGUGUUCAAUAACAGACAUUACAGUACGGUACAGUAGCUCUGAGAUACAUUUUAAAUGGAUACGUCUGGUGUUAUUCUGUAUUUUACUGCCAACAAAUCCCAUAAAAAGACCAAACCCAACAAUGUGUUAGUCUUUAAAUACUUUCUGGCUUCCUAACACUCUGAGGCACUCAGUCCAAAGCUGAUUUGUCACCACUGAAGAUGAAAAUCUUUGAAUAUGGAGUUUAAUUUUAAAACCAGCAAUAACUGAUUUGGCCACAUGAGGGCAGCAGAGACAGGCUGUGACCACAGCAUCUACAGUUGAUAAGGUGAACUUGUUAGCAAACAGUUGCUCAUUCUCACAUCCAGUAAUUAUAGAGCAUAGUUUUUAGCAAAUGUUCGAACAGAAAUAAAUGGGACAUUUAUUGGGGACUAUUUUAUUUGUGGCAGCAGCACGUUCAGCACGGGAUUAACUGAAGCUGAGCUACAGUCCUCAUGUUCAUGAUGAAUGAAUCCAGUGUGGCUCACUAAGUCAGGCUUUGGAGGCACAGACACUCACUUCAUAGUUGUCUUUUCAUGAGAUUUGUUGACACAAUAAGAAAACUAGAAUAUCACCAAGCCUGUAUUUUAAUAUUGGUGAAUGUUUUGUAAGACUGUCAGAUGUUGAUUCAACUCAGUCAUUUUUGGGGCCAUAUUGUUGUUUAAUGCUUUUAAUCAAGUUAAAGUCAGCGUUGGUGACGGUUAGCCUACUGAAACAUUUUCGUUUCUGUCCUCUAGCAGUGUUUAACAAUGACACACCAACAACUAGUUUAAAGCAGUAACGACGGCAGCUACACAAAUGAGCCACAUUAAAUGACCAUUUAGCCGUGUGUGGCGGUCAACAGAGGACACAGCGUAUUAAGGCAGGAAACUUAUAUUUUGCUAAUGCUAAUGCAUCAGUUGCGAACAAGGGUCAAGUAUGCAUCAUGGUGACGUGUGACAAACACAGAAACACACAUAUGAAGAAGAACAGUGGACCUCACAGGGCAUUUUCUCAACAGCUCGUCAACCCACGGCCUCAAAAAUGAACUUUUUUAAAAAACUGGAUUGCAACACGAGCUUCAUUGAGCGCUUCAUGGCCACUGUACUGUAAGGUGUUUCUGUUAUUUUGUCCAUCCCUGUGUUAUACUAAAAGACGGAGAUUAGCUGUUCACACUACAGGAUCAUUUUUAUUUCAUCCUACUACAAAUCAUAUACACAUUUCAUGACAUCAACACAUUUGCUGUAAAUUCUGUUCAAAGGGGACACUCUUCCCAUAAUUCAGUGUACAGGUAAGUGGGCUUGUUUUGCGCCUGACGUGCAGUGGUUAGUUCAGUGGACGUGUCCCGUUCAAGUGUCGUGAAAGCAGCUGACAUGUUGUUGUGCUUUGUGAAACCUACAGUGAGACUGUCGCUGUGCAGAAGUGAUGGUUGAACCCCUCAGUCCCUCCAGCUCCUUCAACAUGUGAAACUAGAGAAAGUGAAGACUGCAUGGUUCAUUUUCACCUUCGUGUACGGCCACGAUUUGUUCCCCGCACCUUCGCUAUUUUGUCUUUGGCCCAUCACAAGUGUCACGUGUCAUUUGAUGUAGUGGUUUAUUUAUUUAUUUUACAAUAAAUUAAGGUUUUU